CUAAUAUAAAAUAUAAUUAUUAAAAUUUCAAAAAAAUUAUUUUUCAGUCGUUCAUUUGUCAUCGAAGAAAUUUGCCCCACAUAGCAAUUUGUAAUUUCCACUUUAUUAAACAUUUAACCAGUAAAGUGGACCCCCUUGUAAUCCGACAUGUCUAUUAUUAUUGGGUAUUUUUUUUUAAAUCUUCGCUAUUGUAGAUAAUGCAUGAUUGAAUAGGUUACAAUUGUGCCACCACUAUUGUGCUCAAAGUAUAGAUUCUUUUUUUACUGUUUAUUCAUUAUUUUUUUUUUCGUAUACGUACCUAGUAAAUUAUGUUGUCACAAGCCCAAAAGCGAAAGCACAAAACACUGACAAUUAAAGGAAAAUGUGAUAUUUUAGACCAUUAAAAUCGUAAUGAAUCUUUUAAUAGUUUAGCAAGUGAAUAUGGCGUAGGCCAAUCUACAAUUUAUGAUAUUAAAAAAAAUCAUGAGAAGAUUAAAAACUUCGUAUCAACUACUGACUUUGGGCCAGGCAAGAGCCAGACACUCAAGUAAGCUGAACAUCCAGAAGUGGAAGAAGCUUUAUAAAUGUGGUUUCUUCAGGAAAGAAAUAGCUAGCAAGGGAUGGUUAGAACGUUUCAAAAGUCGUCAUGGCAUACGUUUAAUGACUAUAACAGAAGAGAAACUUUCUAAUGAUACUACCUGCAUAAAGCCAUUUAAAUUUAAAUUUUUGUAAAAGGUGAAAGAUUUAAAUCUUAACCCAUCACAAGUGUACAAUGCAGACGAAUCAGGACUUUUUUGGCGUGUGAUACCAAACAAAAUUUUCGUUUUUUAAAACGAAAAAUCCGUAUCUGGGCGAAAAUUAAGUAAAGAGCGUGUAACCAUACUACCAUGUGCAAAUUCUGCAGGUACACACGCGCUAAAAAUAGCGGUCGUUGGAAAAUCUAUUAAACCACGUGCAUUCAAAAACAUUGAUUUGCCUGUAUACUAUUAUGGUCAAAAAAGUGCGUGUAUGACAAAAGACCUUUUCAAGAAAUGGUUUGAUGAAUGCUUUGUACUAGAAGUUUUUGUUCAAAAUGGUUGAAAAAUCAUAAUUUUUCUCAAAAAGCGUUAUCGCUUAUUGAUAACGCUCCCGGUCAUCCAUCUGAAGAAGAACUGUCAACUGAGGAUAAAUGCAUCACUACGACGUUUCUUUUACCAAAUUGCACUGCACUGAUUCAACCAAUGGAUCAGCAUAUCAUUCAGUUUGUCAAGCAAGAUUAUAAGAAAAAUCUACUUCUAAAAGCUAUAUCAAAAGAUCAGCCAAUAGAAAAAUUUUUAAAAGAAUUCAAUAUGAAAGACUUGGUUUUUGCUUUUUGUCAAUCAUGGAAUACAUUAUCUUCGUCAACUAUUACAUCAUCUUGGAAAAAGUUAUGUUCGGAUAUAGUCACCAGUCCUAGCAACGAUCCACAAAUCAGUGUAACUUCGGAAGUAAUAGAGCAAGUUGCUGCUGAAACACAGAUAAGUUCGCAAGAUUUGGAAAUCUAAUAUCAUGGAAUGAAUAAGGAGGAAAAUAUUUUUUAUGAAAUGUCUGACGAUGAGAUUACAAAAGAGAU